UGAACGAUUCGUUGAAGAACCGAACAUCACUGUUAGGAACGACACAAUCAUCGGCUAACCGUUAGCUCCACUAAUGCUUCAUAAAAUAAUAACCGUAACGCGUCGAUUUCCCUGUGUGGCAUAUCAAGAUACCUUUCAUCUGCGGUUACACCUCUGAUUACAUAAAUUUUUUCUCAAGAAACAGAUGUUUACCCCUCACCAAACGGGGCGUGCAGCGUCGCCUCACCCGGUUUUACAAAGUGUUUACGGACGCUGCGCUGUUUGCAAAGUACACCUAAACUCUUCUGCAGACCCCAGACUUCUGCCUUGCCUGCAUAUAGUUUGCAAUUCGUGCCUUACGAAGAUCUGCACAGAUGGAGCCACACGAGAUUGUCCAUUAUGUGCACAGUCCUUUUGCUUGUCUGAGGUCACAGAAUGUGCCAUUUUUGAAGACACAUCCAACAAUAACAAGAUUCCCAAGUGUGCCGGGUGUGAAGAGAGUGAGAUUAGUGGAUGGUGUGUCCAGUGUGAGGAGGCGCUGUGUUUGGACUGUACUUCUGCUCAUCGUAGGGUAAAAGUGACCCGUGACCAUGAAGUCACACCCAAAAAACCACCCACAGGUUGGAUACAGAGAAGACCCUGUCCCUCACACACUCAGGAGAGCUUGAGGUUCUUCUGUCUUGUUUGUGAAGAGCUCACCUGUAAGGACUGUCAGCUGAUCAGUCAUAGGGGCCACAGUUUUGUGCAGCAGGAGGAAGCUGUGGGAUCUCAGAGACAGCAGCUGCAGAGUUUGUUGGACUCCAUCAGACAUCAGAAAGAUACAGUCAUCAGCAGCCUGCUGCUCCUAGAGGCAAGAUUGCAGGAAAUUAAACAAAUUAAAGUAGCAGCAAAGAAGAUGUUGACACAGGUAGUCCACUCCAUUUAUCAGACUCUGGUUCUGAAAGCGACACAGAUGUUGAAGCUGAUAGAGGCUGUAUUUGCGGAGGAGGUGGGGUGUUUGUUGGAGAAGAAGACAUCUCUGAACAGGUUGGAAGGCUGUCAGGAGUAUAUAGCAGCUUUUAUUGACAAGAUCCUAUGCACAGAGGGCCACUGCCUCCUGGUCCACGCAAAAAGGAUUGAGACCCAGGGGAAAAAGCUUCUGUCCCAGAAGGCAUACACCCCUGAGACCAUGAUUGAACUGCACCUUCAGAUUCAGAAUGAACUCUGUCAGCACAUCAUGAAAUUUGGAUUUUUGAGGAUUAAAAAGGUUCUUGUCCCAUUUACCACUCGGAGAACUGAUUCCACUCAGUUAGAGUCUGUGUCUGUGAAAAGCUCAAAUCCUAAUUCUCCUAUAACUGCUACUGAUUUUCAUCCUGCACCCAGCUCCUCACGUGUUAAUGCACAGGUUCCUGGUGAAUGGAUUUUCAACAGCUCUAAACUGCGUCCAUAUGCCUCCUCUAGGACUGAGCAAAUGAACCAGUCACUUCAUAGAGUGCUUGAUCCAUCUCAACCCAGCCAGCCAUCUCAUUCUAACCAGGCCCACUCUGCAUGUAACAGUGUUGCCUCAUCCCAACCGAAUCAAUCUAAACGUUCCUCUUCAGACCAUCAUAGUUCAUCUUCCUCACCAUCUGUCCAAGUCCAGUCUCAUGAAGUCAUGCCCCAGCAAUCCAAGCGUGCUUACAGUUCCUCACUGAACCCAUAUUUUCCUCAGUCUGCUCCUAAAGCUCACAUUCAUUAUUCUCCGUCUGUUUAUUCUCAGCCUCUUCUUCCACUCAUGAGCUGCACAGCAUCUCAAAUAAACAAUAACUCUGAGUCAGCCAAACACAGGAAGGCCGAUUGCCCCACCAUGCAGGUCUCUCAAACACACUUACUCACCCGCCCAUUACCAGUCAACAACCAAACACCUGUAACAACUCAUCCAAUACCAGUCAACAACCAAACACUCACACAAACUCAUCCAAUACAAACCAACAACCAAAUACCUGUACCAACUCAUACAAUACCCAUCAACAACCAAACACCCAUACCAAUUCACCCAAUACCAUCCAACAACCAAACACCUAUACUAACUCAUCAAACAUCAGCCAACAACCAAACACUCAUGCCAACUCAUCCAAUGCUAGCCAACAGCCAAACACCCCUACAAACUCAUCAAACAGCAGUCAACAACCAAAAACAACCAAUUUCAGUCAACAACCAAACACCCGUAACAACUCAUCCAAUAUCAGCCAACAACCAAGUGCCUGUAUUAAUUCAACCAAGUUCAGUCAACAACCAAACACCCAUACUAACUCAUCCAAUACCACCCAACAACCAAAUGCCUGUAUUAAUUCAACCAAUGCCAGCCAACAACCAAUCAACCAUACUAACCCAUUCUUUACCAAUUUGCAACCAAGCACUCAUACUGACCCAUCCAAUGCAAACCAAUUUCAUGGGGCUUGAACAUUCUUUUUCUAUGCAACCCAAUAUUCCCUUAACUGUCCUUUCAACCAUAAACACACUUUCUUUAAAUGACGCUUCUGCAGACUCUAAUGUGCACUCCACUGAAGCCUCCAGUGGUAGGAUGAACCAUUUUCCCCAGGACCCUUGUGCACCAAAUCCCUCCAGUACAAUUUCUAAUGCUAUCCCAAGCACAGCUAGUGGUUCUUUACUUCCUGUAAACCCAAUGACUUCUGCUACCAUUAGUGGCAACGGCACCCACCAGAGUAAGAGCAGCACCUACAAUAGCAUUAACGUCCCAGUCAAGGCCUUGGCUGAUUCUGCCUGUGAUCAGGAUGCAGAUGUGAGCAGCACGAAUUUCACUGAUACGGAUCAUCUGGAGAGCAACUUGCACACCUCCCUUGUGUCAGAGACCGCUCCAAAAGAACCUUCACCAGAUCCUGCCCACUCCUCUGGCCCAUCCAACAUUCACCGGGAUUCUCUCUCCACCAUCACAGAAAAAAGCUCAAGACAAACUCUAGACAAUCAGUCAUCGACCAAGGAUUACUCUGGACCAAAACACUGGAGCGUUGGCAUGCCGACAACUUUCCGUCAGCUUGUAGAGACAACAAGCAUACCUGUCACGUCAAAAGACAAUGUGAACACCACACCUCCAGCGGAUUCAACUCCUUGUAGCACAUCAGAAGACCUUGACGGGGAGAGUACAACUCAUGACAAGACUGUCAGAAGUGCUUUUGACUACAGGGAGGCGAAAAAAGAAGACAAUGAAUCUUCAGUAACGCUGGAACACUUCAGGAGACAAAUCAAACAACUCAAGAGGUCUCUACGUGUUUCUCUUGAGUGUCUGCCCAUCUCUCUGCCUCCAAGUGGACAGCCACUCCCAGAGUUCCACCUCACUACAGACGCCUCCACAGGUCACAUCUUUGUGCAGGAAUCCCAGGGUGGACAGGUUUACCAGGUGUGGAGAUGGCAUAAAGAUCCAUUACCAUCUAGAUCCUCUUCUUGCUCUGUAUCCCAAGACAGCGACAGCUCCUCGGCAUCUGAUGUAGAGUUCUGUGCCGUGUGUCUGUCUGCAGGAGCACCACUUCUGUGUGCAAAAUGUGGCUAUGCUUUUCACUAUGACUGUCACAUUCCACCAAUUCUCAAAAAACCUCGUAAGGACUGGGUGUGUUUGCUAUGUCAGGAUGUAAAUGAAACCAUUGUGUAUGGCAGUGAGGAGAUGAGGACGCCUAGUCUGAGUCGGGAAGAUCAAAGAAAGUGUGAGAAGCUUCUCUUUGGUCUCCUGUGUGAUGAGAACAAGAGCCUGCUCUUCAGCGCCACCAAGAAUUGCUCAAAAACAGCUGAAUUUGAUAUAAUACUCGGCCGACUCCAGGGGAAACGGAAGCCGCCUUAUCGGACAGUUGCUGAGCUGGUGUCAGAUGUUUGGACUCUUUUUGACAUCUUGAUGAUGAACUCUGAGAGGAAAAACAUGGUUGUCAAACUUAAACAAUCUUUCCAGCAACAGCUGAAUGAAUCUUUUGGGAAGAGUCUUCAUGCUUCUCUCCUAAAUCACUCAAGCAGCAAAGAUCCAAGCAGAACACCAGAGACAGAGACUGAACAUGAGAAGCACAGAAACACUUUGAAACGCAUGAGAGAGUUUUUCACGGCGAACUGUGGCACAGCUGCAAAGAAAUCCUGCACUGAUAAAGGGAAGGAAAAGGAUGGCUGUGAAAACACUACAGCUGCUGAAUAUUAAAGUGCCUUAGUCAUGACUUUUGAAAAUUCUUCUGUAUUCUCUUGUGAAGUGGGAACCAAACCAAUUUUGUGUUUAUUAUUGUAGUUUUCUUAUUUAGAUUUAACUUUAAGUAAGAUGUGUAUUAAACAGAUUAUUUUUAUGCAAGGCCA